AGAGCUGCGCGCUGCUGGAGGGCUGCCCGCAGUGCCGGCGUUUCCCUGGCAAAGGACGCCGCCGAUCCCUCGUGCCCGGAGGCGGCCGGGAUGCGAGGCGGCUGCUCUCCGCCAAUGAGUGUCGGUACCUACGCUGGAGAUUUAAAUAAUCCUUUGGAGCACUGCUGAGAGCACGCGAGGCUUCGGCAAGACGGGAAAGACCGUCAGAGAGGAUGAACAAGCUGCAGAGAUUGCUUCAGAGCAAGAACCUGAUCCUGACAGUGUGUGCUGCUGGCAUUGGAGGCACUUUCCAGUAUGGUUACAACAUCUCCAUCAUCAAUGCUCCAACUUUUUACAUCCAGACGUUCAUGAACAAAACAUGGUUGGAACGCACAGGUGCUCCCCUGGAGAGUGGCAUGGUCCUGCUGCUCUGGUCCUUCACCGUGUCCGUGUUCCCCCUGGGAGGCCUUGCAGGGGCUGUUGCUGCUGGCCCCAUGGCCAUUGUGUUGGGAAGGAAGAUGUCCCUGCUGGUUAACAACGUCUUUGUGAUCGUAGCCGCCGUCUUGUCAGGAUUCAGCCAGAUGGCGAAAUCCUUCGAAAUGAUUAUGCUCAGCAGGUUCCUUACUGGUGUGAAUGCAGGUGUAAGCAUGAACAUUCAGCCCAUGUAUCUGGCAGAGAGUGCCCCAAGGAAGCUCCGAGGGGCUGUGGCCUUGACCUCUGCAUCCUUUACAGCCCUGGGUCUGGUGCUGGGCCAGGUUGUUGGACUCAGGGAGCUUCUAGGAGGGGAGGAAAGCUGGCCACUCCUUUUAGCCAGCAAUGCUGUGCCUGCCCUAAUCCAGCUCAUGGUUCUGCCGUGCUUUCCUGAAAGUCCCAGAUACCUCUUGAUUGACCGUGGAGACAGAGAGUCCUGCAUCUCUGCACUGAAGAAGCUCAGAGGCAGCAGUGACCUGGGAGAAGAGCUGGAGGAGAUGCUAGCUGAACAGGCUGCCGCCAAAGGUCAGAGAGCGAAGAAGCCCUGGGAGCUGUUCCGAAACCCAGCGGUGAGGUGGCAGCUGAUCAGCAUCGUCGUGCUGAGCAGUGCCAUGCAGCUCUGCGGGAACGAUUCGAUGUACUUUUAUGCAGCUUACGUGUUCCAGGAGGCUGGAAUUCCUCAGGACACAAUCCCGUAUGUUGUCAUCGGCACAGGGAGCUGUGAACUGAUCACAUCUGUAACUUGUAACAUGAUCAUAGACUACGCUGGCCGGAGGCCACUGCUGCUGGGAGGAUACAUCCUGAUGGCAGGAUGGGCCACUGUCUUCAUGGUCGCUCUGAGUCAGCAGACUCAGAUUAGCUGGAUGCCUUAUCUCAGCAUGGCCUGCAUUUUUGCCUAUAUCCUGAGCUUUGGAAUUGGACCAGCUGGUGUAACAGGAGUUCUGCCCACAGAGAUAUUUGAUCAGAUGUCCCGACCAGCUGCUUACAUGAUCUGCGGGUCUCUGCUCUGGUUCAAUCUCUUUCUGGUCGGAACAGCGUUUCCAUUCAUUGUGAAAAAUCUAGCACAUUUCUGCUACGUCCCAUUCCUUGUGGUUUGCAUCUGCACUGCUCUCUACAUUUGGUUCUUCCUUCCUGAGACCAAAGGAAAGUCCUUCCUGGAAAUCUCAGAGGAAUUCAGGAAACGGAACUUCAGAGCUCAGAGCUGUGAAGCUUUCUAUAAAGGCCCUGAGGAGAUCAGGUCCACCACGUUCACAGAGCAUGGGUCUAGUGCUUUCUAUGCUGACUUUUCUUCCUGCCAGAAAAUGAGCUGCAAUCUCUUCCUCCUGGCUUUUGUCCUGGGCAUUGGUGGAACUUUCCAGUAUGGGUUGCAGAUCUCCAUUAUGAACUCUCCUGCUGAGUACAUCAAAAGUUUCAUACAUGAGACCUGGCUGAAGAGAUAUGGAUCUUCUCCCAGUGAAGAGAUAAUUACUUUGAUGUGGUCCUUCGUUGUGUCCAUUUACACCAUUGGUGGGCUCCUGGGCUCCAUGUCUGUCAGAUACAUGUCUGUUAAAUUUGGAAGGAAGAAGUCCAUGCUGCUUGCCAACAUCCCUGCUCUGUUGAGUGCAACUCUCAUGGCACUCAGCCGGCUGUCUGGGUCCUUCGAGAUGAUCAUCAUUGGGAGAUUAUUUGCUGGAGUGUGUGCAGGUUUAGGUCUGAAUAUCCAUAUCAUGUAUGCGGGGGAAUGCGCCCCACAGAAGCUGCGUGGGGUGAUUGCCAUAACUGCUUCCACUGCCAUUGCCGUGGGAAAGUUUGCAGGAUUUGCUCUGGGCCUCAGAGAAGUUCUGGGAGUAGAAGCUCUGUGGCCUGUUCUCAUGGCAGCAAAUGCAAUUCCUGCCCUCAUUCAGCUGCUCACCCUCCCCUUCUUCCCAGACUCUCCCCGCUACCUGCUCAUUGACAAAAAGGACAAGGAGGGUUGCAUCAAAGCUGUGAAGCAGCUCUGGGGGGAUGGCGACCACAUGGCCGAAGUGGAUGACAUGAUUGCAGAGCAAGAAGCCAUCCGUGGGGAGAAAUCUAAGAGUGUUUGUGAUCUUGUUCGUGACAAAUCUGUCCGUUGGCAGUUCAUCACUCUCUUUCUUGUCUCCUCAUGCAUGCAGUUGAUCGGAGUCAAUGUGGUUUACUUUUAUGCAUACAAUGUCUUCCUCCAAGUUGGACUCUCCCCUGCCCAAACCCGCUACGUCUCCCUGGGAGUUGGGAUCACUGAGAUCCUCACCACAGCUCUGUGUGGCUUCCUCGUGGACCGUGCUGGGAGGAAGGCACUGCUAUGGAAAACCCACGCUGCUAUGGCCUUGGCCUUAGGACUUCUCACUGUCACGCUUGCUCUACAGGAUUCUUUCUCCUGGAUACCAUAUUGCUCUGCUGCACUCAUUUUUAUCUUCAUCAUGAGCUUUGGACUCGGGCCAGCUGGAGUAUUAUGCCCCCUACCCACAGAAAUAUUUAUUCAGUCAUACAGACCAGCUGCUUAUGCUUUUAAUGGAGCUACAAACUGGAUCCAGCUCUUCUUUCUUGGACUUUUGUUCCCUUUCAUCGUGGAAGGCCUUGGUAGUUUUUGUUUCAUCAUUUUCCUGGCAUACUGUCUGUCCAUGGCCAUCUUUGUCUACCUGGUAGUGCCAGAGACCAAAGGAAAGAGCAUGCUGCAGAUCAUGGAGGAGUUCAACCGCCUGAAUUACGGCAGAAAGAGGGGACAGGCAGCCCUGCAGCAGAAUAACUGCUCACUGACAACUGUUACUAGACUUUAGUAACAAACUUUCCACUCCAUAUUCUGUUCUUUUAUUACUGUUGUGCCAGAAGCCUCACUAAACAAAAAAGAUCCUAUUGCUCCCAGACAGUACAAAUGUGAAUUAAAAAAGUAGAGACCUGCUGUGCAGGGUGCAGGAUGACCUCGGGGGUUCUCUCCAACUGCUGAAAUAUGAACUGAAUUAAAUGCUCAAGGAAGGAAGGAAGGAAGGAAGAAGGGAAGGAAGGGGGUGAAGGGGAGGGGAGAGGCAGGGAGGGAGGAAGGCAGGCAGAAAGGAAGGCAGGAGGGAA